AUGGUGAUUGCCGGAGCUCCUGAGCCGUCGCCAGAGCUCGUUGCCUCUUGGUCGGCUGUCGCCGCCAAUCUCCGGUCGGCUCCCGAAACGGGGACCACGGCGAAGAAGCCCCCUGUACCACCGGCUCCGAGGCCCUCGACAGCAAUCUCUGAAAAGCUUCCUCCCCCCGAACACGUGGCCCUGUCCGCGGCGAAGCCUGAUCCUGCCGGCCUGGUCCCUGCGCCGGCCGCCCCGACUGCUGCUCCUGUUCCGGUGGCUCCUCUGGAUCUUCACGAGGAAUGCUGCCCGCCCGCUGCUGUCCCGGGGGCGCUGGCUCCUGCUCCGGGCAUUCCCGGUCCUCCGCCUGCUGCCGCCCCUGGCGCGCCCGCUCCUGUCGCUGGCGUGCCCGCUGCCCCGCCUGUUGGGGUCUUUGGCUCGCCUGCUCCGGUCUCUGCCUCGUCCCUGCAAGCGGCAUCCGUCACCACUGGCGGCCCGGCCCCGCCGGCGGAGCCUCCCGCGGUGGGUCGCCCCGCUGCCGCGGCUCUCCCUGUUGCGCCGACUGGCCAGCCUGUGCGCAAGUCACGUCCCCACUCGCCGGCGCCCCACCAGGUUCGCCAGUCAUCUCGCCGCCGGCGUGACUCUCCCCGCCGAUAUCAGCAGUCGGCUCAAUGGCCUGCUCACCACGGUGGCCAGGGGGACUGGAGGGGUCCCCGCGGGCGUGGGGGCGGAUUUCGUCCCCCCGUGAUGAUGGCUGACCUUCAGCGGGAGGUGUCGAGGGCCGUACGCGAGGAGAGGGCCGCGCAGAGUCAGAGCAGCUCGAUGCGCGCCCUGCCGGCCCCCGAGGCUCCUCGCCAGCCUGUGCUCCCGUCCAGUCCGCCUCCCGUUGCUGCACCGCCACCGCAGAAUCCCUUCCCGGCGGCUCCCGCUCCGACUGCGUCGGCCUCUGCCCUUGGGUCGCGUCUUCACCUGCCGCCUGUUCCGCCUGUUUCGGGUGUCGAGUUUGUGGCCGCUGGAGGCGGCUCGGGGACAGGGCUGUACCCUCAGUCUGCUGCAGUCGAGGAGCCGUUCCAGUUCUUGGCGGAGGCUCUUCAGCCUCUGCAGACGCGCGUUCCCGAGACGACCCUUGGUCAGCUCCACCGUCUCGCGGAGAGCUUGCAUGCGCUUCUGUUGAUUCAGGUGCUUGCGCACUCAUCUCUCCCCGCCAUCCCUCCCGAGUCCUUUCGCAGCCGCCAGCGAGAGACGUGCCUGGACGCGGCGGACCAGCUCGCGGUUUUGCUGGCGCCCGUGCUGGCUGCGCCCGCGGAGGGAGGCGCUGCUGCCGCGGGACAGCUUGGCGAGGCUGUCCGUGGCAUGCGGCGGCACUUGCGCGCAGGAUCUGGAGCCGCGGCGAUCGGCGCAAGCACGCUUGUGGUCCGGGAGCUGUGGCGCUCCCUGACGGGCAUUCUUCACGCCCUUGGAGCUCACCGCAUGUAG